UAGAAUUUUCUGAGGGUCAUGAGGUUGCUAUUGAACCUAAGAGUAAGAGACAGCGAGGACCAACUAGGAUGAAAGACAUAGCCAAGGAUCCAAAUACCAGAGUUAGAGUAGAGUACAAUAUCAUGGGAGAGCCUAUUGGUAAAGGGUCAGUUAAGCUGUCAUCAUAUGUUGGUGCAUUGGUCCGAGAACAUGUUCCUAUCACAAUUGAUCGUUGGACAAAAAUAGGUGAAGAAAUCAAGACACUUCUCUGGAAAUCUGUCCAGGCUAGGUUUGAACUAGAUGAAGAGUACCAAAAGGUUGCAGUGCUUAAGCAGAUGGGAUGUUUGUGGAGGUCCUGGAAAUCAAAGCAAGUUACAAACAUCAGAGAAGCUAAGACUAACCAGCAGAGGAUGAAUCUGCGACUUAAAAAUGUUUCUCCAACCGAUUGGCGUAAAUUUGUGAAGCUCAAAACUAGCCAAGAAUUUAAGGUUGUAAGCGAUAGCUACAAGGAAAGAAGGCGCAAACAAAUUCCUCACACUUGUAGUCGCAAGGGAAUGGUUAGACUAGCAGAAGAUAUGAAAACUGGUAGUGCAGACCCAUCUGAAGUGACAAGGCUAAAGGUUUGGGUUAAAUCACGUACCAAGAAAGAUGGUACACCAGUGAACACUAAUGCUGCUGAAAAGAUUAAAAAGGCAAAUGAGAUUGUUAACAGUGAUGAUCCAUCGACUGCAACAAAUGAAGCACAACAAGAUUCACUUAGCCAACUGUUAGGGCCUGACAAUCCUGGUAGAAUGAGGGCAAUGGGUAGAAAUAUGAAUAAGACCAAGUUAGCUUGUUUCCAAGUGAAGCACAAGUGUAUGGCUCAAAUGCAAGAGAAUCAGAUUCAGCUCCAGCAGAAGGUCACUGAGUUAGAAGAUGUAAUUCUGAAAAUGAAGAAUCAGGUUAGAAACUUAUCUAUUUAUACAUUGUGAAGCUUAUCUAUUUAUACAUAAAGAAGCUCAAAUAGUUCAUAGUAUUUGACUUUGUUUUUUAUGUAACAGAG